AUGGGAAGCGGCUUUGUGCUUUUACUUGUAAUUGCUAGCUACUUAUGCUCUACUUAUUGCGAUGCUCAGUGUACAGGAUCUUUGGGACGUAAGGUGUUGAGAUUUCAAUCAGUUUGUCGGGGAAAUAAUGAGCAAGAAUGUUGUUGCGCCGAUGUUGUCUUUGAACUGACAGGUGAAGUACGCCAAGUGCGACGCUCAGAUUUUGAUGAAACCUGGCACAAAUUUAGAAUAAUUUGUUGUAAGGUAUAUGCGAGAAUCCUAGCUCGCGCUUUGCAGAAACAACCGGGAUUUUUAGAUCGAAAGUCGGCGAAAAUUUAGGACUUUUCGCGGAAUUUCGGCACGAAAAGUUUCAUGCCUAUUUCUACCGUAAAGGAUAAUGUUUCUACAAAAAAUCGAAUUUUUCCGCGUGAAACUUGCCAAAGUUAUGGCCAAAAAGCGUUUUUCUCUCUGGCCGCUCUCCACGUUUAGCGUGCUCUCUCGGAGUACUUCCCCUGUGAGAAGAAAUUUGAUUUCGACGCGACACAGUCCAUUUUCCCCGCGAUGAUGCGAUUUUAGACGCGACAGAGUACUCAUUAUUUUCCCGACAGACUGAUAGUACUUCUUCCUUCGAUCGCUUCUUUUCCUAUGACCUUUUUAAUUAUUUUACGUAAAAUGUUGUUGUUUGAUGUCAUUUUUUGAAUUAAUCUAAAAUUUAUUCAGCCUGCAUUGGAGGUGAAUGUCCAGAUCAUGCAGACGCUGGCGGAUUGUAUACUUGCAUUAAUGACUUAUGUUGUAAGUUUCGCGGUAUUUACAGGAGAGGUGCUCCAAGGGCGAUGCUCAGAUUUUGAUGAGACUUGGUGACAAAAUUCAGAUUUUUUCUAAGACCCGCGCUUUGCAGAAAUGACCAAUAAUUUUGAGUCGAAUCGUUGGCAAAAAUGCAAUAUUUUUCAGCGCCUUUCUCCAUGAAAAAAUACCGGCCAAUUUCUAAAAGCCUGUCAAAAAAUAAUGGGCAAAAUAUUGACAUAUGAGGCUCGGAAAAGCGCUUUUUGCCCAUAACUUUGGUAGUUUCGUGCGGAAAAUUUUGAUUUUUUGUAGAAACCUUAUCCUUUACGGUUGAAAUAGGCAUGAAACUUUUCGUGCCGAAAUUCGGCAAAAAGUCCUAAAUUUUCGCCGACUUUCGAUCUAAAAAUCUCGGUUGUUUCUGCAAAGCGCGAGCUAGGAUUCUCGCAUAUACCUUAGAAAAAAUUAUUCUCAAUUUGUGCCAAGUUUUAUCAAAAUCUGACUACCCCCACUUGGCACACUUGCCUUGUUAUUUAGCUGUUUGCAAAGCUAUAAAAACCGCUGAAUUUUGUAAUCUCUUCGAUAUUCAGGUCCUCAAUCACCCACCGCCUCCAAUUGCAUAGACGGCGCAAUUAAUUGCCAGAUGUUCCUAUCCUACUGCCGCCAACAGCCGUACGUAUGGUGCAUGGCGUCGCAUUGCGCGCAAAGUUGUAGAUACUGCAUGUAA